UCCUUCCUACGUUCUUCCGGUUCCACAGGUUUCAGAAGUGGUCGAACUUCUGACUGCGUCAGAUCUGCUUAACUUUUCGUUGGCACGCAACAUUUUCCUUAUUGGUAUUUUAUAUCCUCAGGCAUCUCCGUGUAAUUUAUCGACUUAUUUAAAGGUUGUUACUGAGGUUGAGUGAAUUAUGAGGAGUUUAUGACAGAAACCUUUCUUUAAGUGAAGAAGCUUGGGAUGAUUCUUCCCGCUCGUUGAGUGACAGGUUACCUAAGAAAGUGCCAUCAUGUGGACAGACAAACAAAGAGGGCUCAGAGUUUCCCAGGAGGAGCUGCUUUGCAAGAACGCCUGUGGGUAUUAUGGAAACCCAGCGUGGAAAGGCUUCUGCUCCAAGUGCUGGAGAGAGAGAUCACGCCCACCUGGAUCACAAAGACAAGACACGAGACCCAGCAGCGAUGGAGCCCCACCCACAUUCUCCAAAUUUGAGGAGAAGAAAAACAUUGAGAAGGGUCGACGAAUAAGCACAGUGAGGCGGCUGUUCUGGGGCAGCUCUUCACCUCCAAAACCCCAAGAGACCUCUGAAAGUCACACUAAGAUGUUAAAAGCCUAUGAGAGCCUUGAGCCUGGAGACUUCACUGGUUUUCUAAAGAUCCUGCGGAGUCCAUCUUCUCAGCGUCUGCAGUCCCGCUGCACAGCUUUCCUCAACACAAUGGAGGCUUAUCAUAAUCUGCAAAUACAGAAGCAGUCGGACCUUGUCCAGGAUUUCUAUCAGUCUUUUGCUGAAUAUUUUAGAAGCUUUUCAGAGACUCAGGUCACUCAGAUAAUGGAGCAUGUGGAGAAGCUUAUAAUGACUCGUUUGCACAAAUGGGUUUUCUGCCAUGACAGCUGUGAUGAUGAACAGAAGGACCUGGCUCUUCAGCGCCGAAUACGCUCCCUAAACUGGGUCACACCACAGAUGCUGAGUGUGCCUUUUCCAGAUGAAGACACCCCAGUCACAGGCGACCCCUUCCUGCCUGCCAUCACAGCCAUAAUAGAAAUGGAUGCCAAGCGAGCGCCGCAGGACAAGCUAGCCUGUGUGUCAAAGUGCAGUCAGCACAUUUUUGAAGCGCUGUCCACCUCCAACAAUGAGCCUGCAAACGCGGAUGACUUCCUGACGAGCCUGGUGUAUGUGGUGCUGAAAGCCAAUCCGCCUCGCCUCCACUCCAACAUGCAGUACAUGAUUCGUUUUGGCCUCCCUCACAGCCUCAUGGCUGGAGAGAGCGGCUACUAUUUCACAAACUUGUCCUGUGCGGUGGCUUUCAUUGAGAAGCUGGAUGGACCAGCACUCAACCUCAGUCCUGAGCAGUUUGACGGCUACAUGCGAGGUCAGCGCGCUCCUGCUGCAUUAAAGAAGGCCAACGGCACUCAGAAACUGCUGGAAGAGCUGCAAGGAAGGCAGGAGAAGCUGCACCAAGGUGUGGAUGCUCUGAAUAUGCAGCUGCAGAAGUGGGUCCAAGUAGUUAAUUCCCAGCUGGAUGAGGCAACGAGCCAGUUCGAUAAGGUACAGAAGGAGAUAACGGCUCAGACGGAGGCCUCUGAGGUCGUGACCUCUUCAGCUGAGGAUGGAUCCCAACAGAAGGAGGAGGAACAGUAGUCUGAGUGUGAAGCUCUAACAGAAACGGUCUGAGAGCCCACCAGAGGCAUCAGAACCCCCUGGUGUGGUACCUCAUGAUCAGCACUAACAGACGAACGCUGCUGGACAAACGAGACCUACAUUCCACUGACAGAUUUGCACAAGUUUCCAAUCAAAGAGACGUGACUCAUGAGAUGAAGAAAGGAGGAUGAAGGAAAACUUGAAGGAAACUUGGGACACAUUUGUCCUGAGGCAUCUGAAGGGCCAAAAUAUCUUUAUCAAGUUAUUCUAACUUUAUUGAGGUCAUUAAAACACAUGCCAGCUUAGUUUUAUGCAUUAACACAAAGGCACUUCUAACACUUAAAGGUGCUGAACACAAAAUGUUUUCCCUUAUGUCAUGUACCGCAAUGACUUUAUGGUGACAGGUCAAAAUGUGAACUAGUAUCAACCACUACAAGUUUACAAGGGGAUGUUUGUGACAAAGGUUUCUCAGAGCUGUCUAACUUAUAAAAUGUUUUUCUUUGCAAUUUUGUGUAACACAUUUCCAUAUGUGAUGGUGUACAAAAGAUGUUUACAGUUGUUGAUUUAUGAAGAAAAUUAAAGUUAUAUUUUUGUUCAAUAAUUGAAUCAAAUUAUAGAUUAAAGCGAUUUGAUUUACA